AUGACAACGCGGUUGGUGUUACAAAUAUUUUGUGUAAUAUUUCUUGGUAUUGAAAUUAUCAAGUCUCAAAAUAAUACUGAUACAACAAUUCAGUAUUACAGAAAACUUAUUGUUGGAGAUACUAGCAUGCUUACCGAGUUGAAUAUGUUCUUAACAGCUAUACCCAAAGGUGGUGAUUUACAUCAUCACUACUCAGGCUCCAUCUAUGCUGAAACUUAUUUAAAUUGGAUCGCUAAACAUAAUUAUUGUAUUUACCGUGAAGAUGAUCCUGCAUUAAAAUUCCAAAAGUACAGAAUAGAAACUAAUGUUUCACAAUUAUCGGACGCAGCUAAAGCUUUGUGCAUUACCGCUGAUGCAACACGUUUAAACAAUGAUUUUUAUCGUGAAUUACUAAAGCGUUGGUCUGAUAUCGAUUAUGCUAAUCAUUAUCAUGAUCAACCACCGCCGGAUCAACAAUUUUUUGAUACUUUUAGUUAUUAUGGUCCAGUUUCCUAUCAAGAAUAUAAUGAAGGAUUGAUAUGGUUAAAAAAUACAGCCAUGAAUGAAAAUGUCCAAUAUAUAGAAACAAUGCUAACUAGUGGACCAAAUCUAGCAGUUAGCAAUGAAUUGAUUAGUAUAGUAGAUGGUUUAACAUCGAAAUCAAAUGAUAACGAUAUAGAUAGAAUAUUAAAAAUUUAUUUUGAUACAGUUGAAAAUGAUAUUAUAGUCAAUGCAACAAUAAAUAAUUAUGUUAAAAUGAUCGAAACAGCAGCAGAUGGAAUUAAUGAUGUUAAUUUCACGCUACGUUUUCAAAGUUAUGUAACAAGAAGUAAUACACCUUCUCGCGUAUUUGCCAGUUUAUUUUCAGCUUUCUCUGCUGCUGUACGUAGUGAUUUAAUAGUUGGUGUUAAUAUCGUUGGUGCAGAAAAUGGUAUUGUAUCAAUGCGAGACUAUACAUUACAUAUGAAAAUGUUUCGUUUUCUCAAACGACAUUUUCCUAAUGUGAAACUUGCAAUGCAUGCAGGAGAAUUGGUUUUAGGUCUAGUACCACCAGAAGGUUUGCAAUUUCAUAUACGUGAAGCGAUUGAAAUUGCUGGAGCAACCCGCAUUGGUCAUGGUAUCGAUAUAUUUUAUGAGCGUAAUUCGUAUGAACUUUUAUAUAAGAUGAAAAAGCUUAAUAUUGCAGUUGAAGCGGUUAUGAGUAGCAAUGAAUUUAUAUUGGGUAUUAAGAAUGAAGCACAUCCAAUGUUAGUAUACAAAGCACAUGGUGUACCUUUAGUAAUUGCUACGGAUGAUGCAGGUGUAUCACGUUCAACUUUGACUAAUGAAUAUUUGAUGUUUUGUGAUCGAUAUAGACCGAGCUAUGCAGAAUUGAAAACUCUAGUGUACAAUAGUAUUCACUACUCCUUCUUGGGCAGCAAUGACAAACAACAACAAUUAAAAAGACUAGAUGAUCGUUUUAGAGAUUUUGAAGCAAUGAUUGCCGAUGUCACUGUUACAUUAGAUGGUCCUAGUACACAAUCUUCAACUUCCUACUUCAGAAAAGACCUCUCAAAUAUUAUUUUAUUUUGUUGCUCAGUGUAUUUCUUGAUCGAACUAGUUUUUUAA